AUUGCAUGUAUCAAGCUGUGGCAGCGACGCUGUAGUGGAAGUAAGUCGUGGUAGACGUGUUCGUCUCUGGUCCUAGCUUGCCCGACAGCGAGGGUACAACAAACACAGAAGGCUUGUACUUGAGAGAUACGUUAUUGAUUUGGACUACAUAAGCCUUCGUUGUGAAUAAGUAUGGGACAUCUAUAGGCAGUGGCCACUAUGGAAUCACAAUGAGACUGUGGGACCUGCAUCUCUAUGUCAACAUGAUCAUCCGCCGGUCUGCCAGCAGAGAAUGCACAUAGGUCCCCUCGCAACACUAUGCCUCCUCCAAAGAAACCAAAAUCAGGGCCUACAUCUGCUGAGCAGUUUUUAUCCAAAGAGGAGCUUUCCAAACUCACCAAGGAUGAGUUGGCGACGGCAGCAUCCACCCCGGCAGCAACACCACCAGCAUCAUCUGGGGAGGAUGAAACACCAACCAAGUCUAAGCAUGGUAGGGAGGGGGUGUCCAAGAAACUGGCCCAUGACAAUAAGGGACAUGUUCAUAUUCUGAAAGAACUUUGUGCAAAACGUGAUGAAUCUGUUAAAGUGGAAUACCUCCCUGAGACCUCCCUUCCUGCAAGGAAAGGGAAAUCUCCACCCCACAAUGCAGAACACCUAGACAACCCCAGACCUGACAAGAAUGCCACGGCAGCUAGCUCAGCCUCAGGAAGGGCCCAAAGGGAAAAGAACUUACAUGAUACCCUUUCUCUCAAAAUGCCCGCCAAAAACAUGCCACCUUUUGGUCAUGUUUUGGCGUCCAAAACUACUGAGGGGCAUUAUAUUCAGGUUCUUGAACGUCAGGGUCAGCAACUUGUCUCAGAGACAGUCAUCACUCAGGUGCAGCACCAGCAUCAGCAGCAGCAGCAUCCUCAGCAGCAGCAGCAGCAGCAGCCAAAUGUUGUCCCUGCAUUCUGUCAGUCGAUGAUCCAACUACCUCCUUCUAAUACCUCAUUGACCAGAUCGUGUACCUCGACUACAUUUUCAGGGGCAAGUGCUCUAGUGAAUCAGCUACCUCCGUACCUACAGGAUAACAGUUCAGUGUGUUCGCCUCACAGCCAGACCACGACCUCCGAGCCUUAUGACUUGUCUCUCAAGAAGGUUUGCGCUCCGUUUGGCCGUGGGGUGGACGAUCACCUCAAAUACCACCCAGACAUCAGCCCCAGCAGUACCGGCAGCUUGCCGGCGGCCUUUAUGGCUUUUGCAGCUACAGGGCAGCAGCAUUCUGCUCUGGGCGACCAUGAUAAACUUCUUUUGACCUCAACAGGUCGUUACCUCAAUAACACUCAAGGGAUUUCAACAAAAUGUACCUCAGAUACAACUCAGUUCCUUCAGGGUGAAGGGAUCCCAGGACUGAAGAGCACCAUGCUCACUCAGGUGACCCCCAAUGUGAUGAGCAUCCUAACAGGGGGCAAACCAACUGUCCUGCUGAGCGACCAGGUCCAGGCGUUCCCCGUGGCUCCGCUCUCACGGUCAUCCGUCUCCACAGACAGUGGCAUUUCUGGCAAGGAAAGUCUGCCUGGUAGUCCUUUAGGGGAGUGCAGUGGCACCAAGUCUCCUAAGGAAGAAGGGCGGAUGGUGUCGCCAGGUGCAUGCAUACCGGUGCAGGUGCAACAUGCGCAGAGCAUGUUGCCUGCCGGUGCACACCCACAGGCGCCGACGUCAACCACAACAGACGGGCUGGACCCAGAGAAAAAGUUUCUGCCACCCAUUGAUCCCCGCACCAACCUUGUUCAGGCACCACACCCUAAACAGGAGAUGCCUUCAGUGAGUGGGACAUCCACCAAGUUGUGCCAGGUGUGUAAUGACAACGCAUCCGGCUUCCACUAUGGUGUCUGGUCCUGCGAAGGCUGUAAGGCUUUCUUCAAACGAAGCAUACAAGGUAAACUUCAAGGUCCCGUGGACUAUGUAUGUCCAGCAACUAACAACUGUACAAUUGACAAACAUCGUCGGAAGAGCUGCCAGGCAUGCCGUCUCCGCAAAUGUUAUGAAGUUGGAAUGAACAAAGGGAGUCAGCGCAAAGAAAGGAAGAGCAGCGGAGGAAGUGCUGGGAAGGGGAAACGUUGUCGUGCUGACUCUACCGACGCUGCUAUCAAUUCCACCAGUGGAGGAUCGGCCAAGUGUGCCAAGCGGUCUCGGUGUCACAUGAUUCUAGAGGCACUGCAGAAGGCCGACCUCCCCGUGCUGGAGAGUUACCACAACCACAACUUGCCACCCACUCGCAUCCAUCUACUAAACACACUGGUGAAGCUGGCGGACAGAGAACUAGUCUACUUGAUCAACUGGGCCAAGCACGUCCCAGGCUACACAGAUCUGUCCCUGAGCGACCAAGUGCACCUCAUCGAGUGCUGCUGGAUGGAGCUGCUUCUCCUUAACUGUGCAUUUCGAUCAAUGGACCACGAGGGCAAGAGGCUGGUGUUUGCCCCAGAUUUCCAUUUAGAUCGCCACCACUGGAACAUCACGGGGAUGACAGAGAUCCUGGAACAGGUGGCCGCAGUGUCUGAGCAGAUGGUGCAAUAUAGUGUAGGCAAAGAGGAGCUGCUGCUACUCCAAGCUACAGUAUUAGUCAAUGCAGAAGUGAGACGGUUGGCGAGUUUCAGCAAGAUCCAAGAAAUGCGUCAGCUGAUUGUGGGGGCAUUGAUGGAGGUUGUGCAGAAAUACCACGCAGACGAUGUCCAGCACUUCGCCUCCAUGCUGCUGCUCCUCACCCACAUCCGACAGGCGGGCGAACGCGGCAUCGCGUGCUUCCAGCAGCUGAAGCGAGAGGGCUGCGUUACAUUCUGUGAUCUUCUCACCGAGAUGCUCGAGGCCCACAAUUCCACAGCAGAGAGGAAGCAAGAACUGGAACAACUUGACUGAUGCAUGUAGAAUGUGAUGCAGUCACUUCCUCCUAGCCACACUAGUGAUGCAUUAUGGGAAUGUAGCUGAAAUGCAUCCUGGGAGUGUGUGAUAAGUGCAUCUUGAUCCAAAGAGCAAGCUAAUUUCAGUGAUAAAGUUUUGUAUGAUAGUGACUCUGCUACAGUUCGAUGGAGAGAUUGUGGACGACUUCUAUUUUUAAGUAAUAAUGUGAUUUUUUUUGAGGUAAUGAUAUUGUUUAGCAUAUGGCACCAAGUGCACUGUUAAUACUACGCUGUGUUGUGCGGGAAUUGUAGGUGGCGCUCGUCCCUGCCUGCCUUCCGUCUUAUUGAACUUGUGUAUAAUCUGGCUGUAAGCUUCACUACUGCGACAUCUCAUCAAUGUGCUUGUUAGUUCCAUGUUCCGAGGGCCUCCAAGUGUUCCUCUAGCAUCUCCUAUGCAUUCAUGAUCAUCGCCAUCUCGUCACCAUCUCGUCAUCAUCACGUGACUUCAUGGCCACAGCCUCCUCAUCAACCAUCUGCCAUCAUGCAUUUAAUAUUUCUUGUAUUGUGCUGUCUUGUUCUAGAAAUGUCACCAAGUGACAAUAUAAUAUAUGUAUAAAGCUGUUUGUAUGAUAAGGAUCAACAUCUAGAUGUGAUGUAAGCACAUUAAUUGUUUCACCUUCCUCAAUGUUCCCCAUCAUGGCCGAUCACCUUUGUGUCGCUAUCCCACCAUUUUAAGUACCAUAAUUAUUCUAGUAAUUCAGACAGGAAAUAAAUUAUAUUGCAUAUAUACGCAUAAUAUAGGAAGGUAGAAAUUAUUACUGGGAAAAACACACUGAUUUUUGUCAUUAUUGGUGUGAAAAAUUGCCUUAUGUCCAGCAUGAAAAAUUCAGCUUUGAUGAAAUAUUUCGCUGUUGUUUCGGUUUAAAUAAUUAUAGUAACAUCAGCAUUGUUUGUUCCUGUACAAAACUAUUGAACGGAUUGAUAUUCUGAUUGAGAUAAACUACCAAUUGCCCAGAAUUAAUUAGGUUUGUAUUAUUAGAAUAAUUACAUGGUAUCGCAGCCGACAGACUUUGCUGCCCCUGGCGUGUGCAGACAAACAGACAGUUCAAAGGUCACCAGUGUGUAUCUAAUACAUACAGUGAUGACCUUCAAGGUCGCUAAUAGUGUAGUGUCAAAGUUCACCAGUGGAUGCAUGGAUGAACAGAAACUAUUUAAUAAUUAUUUUUGUAUGAAGAAUUCAAGAGAAAAUAUUUAGAAAUAAAGAUCUUAAAGUAGAUACAUUUAGACACAUAUUUAGUAAAUUUUAUAUCCUACUCAAAAGAAAUUAAAGAACAUCCCAAUAUUUUCAUGCCAUUACACUUAAUCUGUGAUAGAUUAAAAUUAGUAUAUGAAGGAAUUGAUUGUUCGAGAAAUUAUUUUUAGUGGUAUAUACAGGGUAAUCAGAGUGAUGUCCCUUGUUCUGAGUGCAGUAGGACUAUGCUAUAUGUAUAUAUAUAGUGACCUUUAACCUGUCUGUGUGUCUGUACAUCCAUGCUGAUGAGGGUGCUGAUUUUGAGGUGCUAAUUGCUUCUCGCUCACUGUAUAUCAUGUGGUGGUAUAAAUCUAAUGAUGACUGCUUCGGACAAUAAGUGGAGAUGCGCCAUUCAUUGAUUCAAAUAAUGUGAGGAUAAAAAAUACCUGUGUAACCCAAUGUUUUUAUCUAAGUUAAAACUUUGGAGACUAAACAAGCGGUUCUGAUGAUAUACAAUAUGGUUUAAGGAAAGUAUGAUGUGUCCAGCUUGAGAGUGGAUGGUAGGACUUGUUGGGUCGAGCAGCAUCUUGCAUAUGUAUAGUCAACAUCAUCAUCAGGCCAAUCUUUUAUCAAUAUAUGGAUUACAGGCUUCUGUCAUCAGAGGCGUAAAGAUUUAAAAUAUAAUUAUGACCAAAGUAGCGGUUGACAAAUUGAUUUUAGUGAGUAUUUGAAGCAUUUAGGAUGCUGUCUGAUCCUUUUCAUGUUUGUCAAAAUAUGAGUUUCAAAUGAAUCUCACUGUCACACAAUUUUGAGGCUAAGAGUUUUUUGCUGAUGUCAACGUAAUCCCAGUUUUUAGAGGUGUGACGAUACAGAAAUUGCACGAUAUGAUACGUGUCGUGAUAUCUUGGAAUGAUACGAUUCAAUUCGAUGCAUAUCACGAUAUGCUAUCUUAAGUUAUUUUCUUUCAAAAAGUAUAUUUUGAUAGCAAGUAACAGAGUAAAUUUGGCAUCACCGUAAAUUUCUGGUAAUAAUUUUAAGGUCAACGAUACAUAUCACGAUACGAAAAAAAGUAUCGAUAUAUUUAUCUUCAGAUAAAGUAUCACGAUUGUCGAUACUGCGAUAUAUUGUCACAGCUCUACAAGUUUUGAAAAAAAGAUUGGCCUAGUGGUUUACUGGUAUAUUUCAGACAUCAUGAAGUGCCCCUUGCAAAAGCAGAAGGUAGUAAUGCACCAUGUAACAGAUCCCCAAGGGCUUGCAUUGUGUGAAACCUACACUAACCCCUUAUCCAAUCUCAAAUUACAUCCCCUUGAUUUCCAUUUGCCAAUUUGAUUGGCUCUGCUACCAGGUCCAAAGGACCAAUCAGAAUGCAAGCUACAAACUAGUCUCAAUGUUGGGUUGGCAAUAUUAACAUCUCACUGAUUAUGAUUGAGUUUGCAAAAAAUUCAAAAUUGAAAACUGAUUUCAAAAGUGUCUUCUGUCCAUAAAUACUGGUUUGGGCAUUUAUUUCUAGAUAAUACCAGUUACCUCCCUUAUCCUUUCCCUUCUGACAAUGUUUGAUUGGUCAGUAAAAUGUUACUGAAAAUCAUGAGUGGGUAAUUUGGAAUCUCAAAAAGCAUGAAAACUAAUCCCGAGGUCAUUGUAGGUUCACUGUAAAUGCUUGUCCUGGAGAUAGAGGAUGCAUGUAACACUGUCCACAGCUCAAGCAGAGCCCCUGGUGUUAGUCUUAGUGCCAAGUUUGCUGGUAGACCUGACCCUCAUGCACACCAACACUUGUCCAAAGUAACAAAUGAGUUGCUUGGAAGAUAUAUUUGCAUAUUUGUUUUGUGAAGGCUACUUAUCACUGUUUCCACAAAACUUAUUGUGGUUGUCUGUAGGAAAGCAAAGACAUUGAGAUAUUAAUCAAAAAUUUAUUGUCUUUCCAAAGAAAAUGGGGAAGUUUUGAUUAAUGCUUUAUUUACUAGUAUUUAUGGUCGGUAGAGUUUACAAAAUCUUUGGCAGUAUUAAGUGUCAGGUAGAAUGGCCACAUUUAUUGUUACUGAAAAUAAAUGGCACAUGGGCACGAGUGAUAUGUGUAAGAAAUCAAGUAAUCCAUUUAAGACAAAAGUGCUUUCCAACAGCUUGUUCGUAUAGUGCUAUAGAGAGAAGUGAUGUCACACUCUCAACCUGGGGAUGAUCACACACCAGCUGCAGUAUAUGUAGCCAUGUGCAUCCAGAUGUUAUAAUACAUAUGUUUCCUGUCAUUUUCAAAGGCAAGGGAGAUAAAUGACUAAAAAAGAUCCAGUUUCCACCCAUCAAGAACUAGGCCGGGAUUUUUUAGUUACGUUUUGACAAACUAGUCUCUGCAUAAUACAUUCAAAAUGGACAUCUGUUUCGUAACUUUUCUAUAAAUUUCGGUCAGUUGUAGGAUUUGAAAAUUGAUGCCCAGGUGACGUCACAUAUUUUCCAUUUCUUUUUAAUUCAAGGUGCUGAAGUAAUUUGAUGCACUUCACGAUGUAAUACAGAUCUUGAAUAUUGAUCCAAUGGUUUGAGCAAGUGCUGCCAUUUUGUUUGAAGGAAAUGUAGGUAAUAUGAUAGGAGGAAUCUGAUGUCCAGGAGUGACAUAGGUGAAACGUACCUAAUAAUAGCCACUGAUGGCACCAUGCUUGAGCCACAAUAUUCAAGCCAAGUUCAGCAAGGUGGAAACUGGACUCUUGUAGUCAGUUAACUUCUUUACCUUAGGAUAAUGGUUUUCUAUAGAUACAAUUUUAGAAAUCCCAUUUUCUCCCCCUGCUGAUAUUGUUUUGGGAGUUCAUUUGCCCACUUGUAGUGUACCUAAUGUUGACACAUGGUGGAGAUGACAAGGGGUCUUCUUGUGGUGCCUAGUCCAAACUAUAUCAAAACCAUAGAAAUUGUGCUUAUAUCAUUAAUUGUAGAACAAUUAGAAAGUUAAAGCAUUUGAUGAAAUUGGUUUGAACCUUUCUAAGUUUGUUAGGGCAGAUAUACAUGUUGUUUCUUUUCAAGGUAAAUUUGUAAAGAGUGUUGAAUUGUUUUCAGUUAUUGUAUGAAAUGAUAAAACCUUGUCAAAGUUCCCAACUUACAUUUGAUGUUUGGAAUAAGAUAAAUGUUUCUGUCUCACAUAUAAACCAACACCAGGAAAUUGGAUAACAUUGGGUGCUGCAAUUUUUCACUCAUGUUUGGUUUCAUUUGUAAAAGUCACUUUCAUAUUUUGAACAUUUAGAAAACAUCUUUUGAUGAUUCUAGAUUAUUCUUGAUCAUGGUUACCUCUUUUGAAGUAAAGUAAUUAAUGACAAAUUAGAAUAGACAAUGUUCUGAUUUGAAGUGAAAUUUGUUCCGCUUCCAAUUCUGAUUAGAAUGGAAGCAGUCUUCCCAGUAUCAUCUUAGUGGGCUUUAAAUUGAGAGUGAUAUUUACUUCUUUGAAACUGUUUAGAUGAAACCUAUUUAUAAUGACAGAGGGUGUAGUAUUGAUUAAAUCCACUAGAUGUAGUGGAAUUGUGAUUAUAUUUACAGUAGUAGUGGAUUGUUGGGCUGUGAAGUAGGGGACACAACUCUAUAUUGCUAUCACUAACUUAAAAAUGAAUUUAGUUCAUUUCAUAACCAUGCUGCCAUAUUUAUUACAAUUGCUGCUCACUUGUUUGGUGUGUACUGUCUUUGAUUUGUGGUAAGGAUAAUAGCUUGUUACGGAGACCUGUUUGUAUCAUCACAACAUAAGGAUAUGGAAUAUUUUGUGUUCUGGAUGUAGACAUUUAUUUACAUCACCUUUUUCAUGAUUUUUUUGAGGAAUUUAUUACAUGUUCUAUCUUUUGUAAUUUUGACAGUUGUGCAUUUCAAAAGUAUUAUACUUCCUGUUGUUAAACAGAAUGUGCAUUGGUGUUUUUUUAAAAUUAAUUCUUUAUUUAAUAUUGCAAGACUUGUUAUUGUUAUUCAUUUAGAGAAUGUUAAGUUUGUAGAAAAGAAUUGUGUUUUCUUUAAGUAAACAAUUCCAUGGUAAUAGGUUAAAUUUUUACACAGAAAACCUAAAUAUAAAACUUUGUUACGGAGGUGACACUAGAAAUGAUACAAUAAGAAAGUUGAACUAUGUACAGUAGUUGUGCCAGGAGAGUCACAUUCACAACUGUUGGAGAAUUAUAAAAUAUUUAACGUUGAAACAUGGCAGAUGAGGCUACCCAAGAAUACAUCUUGUAUCCAGCAAUACCUGUGUCAUCAACUCAUCAGUUGCCUAGCAACACUAUAUAUUUUUGUUAAGCUGAAGGGAUACAUUACAAUAUUGGAUAAUUUUUUAAUGACUACAAAUUGCGACGCCAUGGCAUCGAGUUUUAAACUUUUGUCCUGUCUAACAGGGCUGAAUGUCGAUGGAAUUUUGUUACGGUUUCAGAAUAAUAUCAGGCUUUGUGAACGGCUUUAUUAGCUUUUUACAAUGGUUACUGUGAGAUUUUAAAAAUUCUGUUUCUUGGUUUUUAGCAUGAUAUGGCUUCGUUCCAUAAAGCUCAUCCAUGCUAGGACUUAGACCUAUGUUCCAGCACUGGUCUCACUUGUAAAACCGCCUUGUGGAAAGGUAGGAUCAUCAUCACCAAGUUUCUAACAUGGCCCUACAUCCUGAGUUAUUAUUCACCAGUCCUCGCUUCUUGUCCUAGGCUGCAGUGAGGAUGUAGCAGUGAUUCGACCGGUCAUAUCGAACAGUCUUUUAUUCACGCUGUUUGACCUCAUACUAAGUUUUAUCAUCAGUUUCAUUUUGUGGUUAAGCAGGGUUUCAAAGAGAUGAAAAUCUCUUUUAAAUCUUUUCAUUAUGGGUCAUGGUUUUUUAAUUUACCUGAUAAAUAAAAUAUCUCAUCAGAUUUUAUACAUUUGCAGUUAUUUAUAUACUUUUUCCAAAACCUAGGUGAUAUCUUUGUGAAAAUAUUGACUUUUUACUCAGUCCAAAUGUCAACCAUUUAGAUAUUCAGUAAGCAUUAUUUUCAUAAAAUAUUUUCAAAAUAUCACCACGAAAGACUACAUUUCAAGAAUGUGCAGCGUGUGUCAAUCAGUUCUUUUUUCAUAACAUGUGUCUGCAUGUGGUUUCACCAGGUUCUGUACAUAUAUACACAGUGUAAUGGCAUUUGAUGGACUUGUUGUUCCAGUUGCCAAAGAUAUGAUCUAGGGCAGAAGAACAAUAGAUGUACUUUACUGCUUAGACAAUGCAACUUUCCUCUCUGUCACACUUGAAAUGUCGUACCCUGUUUUUUUAACAUACUACCCAUGUACAGAGCUUAGCUUUGUCGUCUGGCACCAUAGUCUUCAGUCUGGUAACCAUGGUAACAGGUGCUAGCAGUGAAAAAUGGCAGGAAGCAGUUACAACAGCUUUACUAUGAAAUCUUAUGGCACAUGUAUCUUUAAAGGUAGUUUGCAUUUUCUUAUAAAAAGUGAAUGUGUUUAGUAAUGUAUUGAACACUGGAGAAAAUUGGUUAAGAAAUAUAUCAGUGUAUUUUGUGAUACAAAUCAGUCGUCUCAGAUGAAACAUAAGUCACUGAUUGGAGAAGUUUACAUGGGAAUUAUUACAUUACAAGAAUGUAUGUAUAUGUAGACAUAUAGAAAACUCAAGUACUCUUGUCUCCCUCCCCAGUGUUAGAUUUUACUCCAAGUACUAGGACCAGACAAAGAGGACAUGCAUCUCAGUUGGUGUCAUGUUUUGUUCUAUAUUCCUUUUAGCAUGGCAUUUUUUAAUUAUUAGGAACCAUUUUUUCAUAUAUGUUUGGGCCAGUGUUUUAAUGGUAGAUUUUUUUGUAUCAUCUCAACAAAUUUGAAAUGUUAUCAAGCUUUAUAAAAUACAGUGGACAGAUGCCACAUUCAAAUGUGUAUAUGAAAUAGAAGUCUCUUAAAAUCUUAGUAAUUAUAACCAGAAUCUCUUCCGCCCUGAUUCAUACUCUUCCUGCACGUGGAGCACCCUGCUUCCCCUGUCUGCACAGGUUGCCAUGACUACAAGACUGCCUCACACUACCCCCGCCAACAAUCUGUUUGGGGGUCAGGCAGCUUCCUAUCUCCCAUGUCAGGGCAGCCAUUUACCCCCACCCCAGGGCUGCUCUUAUUGUGGUGUAGCUCGUUGUGUGGUAUUGUAUUCCUCAGCAGCAGCUACAUUCCCUGCUGUUGACCGGAACUAACGGUCUGACUGGACAUCUUGUAGUAGCUGCAGGUGCCAACUAACGGUCUGACUGGACAUCUUGUAGUAGUUGCAGGUGCCAACUAACGGUCAGACGGGACAUCUUAUAGUGCCAAUCAGUGUUAGCAAAGGGUCUGACUGAACAUCUUGUAGUAGCUGCCGGCACCAACUCAUGGUCAGACUGGACAUCUUGCAAUAUUUGUUGGCGCCAACUUACAGUCAGACUGGACAUAUAAAAGCAGCCAUCAGCGGCCACUUAUGGUUGGACUGAACAUGUUCGAAUAACUGCUGGCAAGAACUAACGGUCAGACUUGAAACUUGUAGUUACCACUCGUACCAACUAAUGGUCAGACUGGACAAUGUCUGUUUUUCUUGUAGUGGUCACUGGCAUGGACUAAUGUAUGUUUGUCUUACAGGGGCCAUUGGCACCAAUCAGCGUUCAGACUUGACAUCUUGUGGUGGCCACCAGCGCUGACCAAUGUUCAGUCAACAUCUUAAAGUGAGCAUCAGUGUUAGCUAAUGGUCUUACUGAACAUCUUAUAGUGCCCAUCAGUGUUAGCUAAGGGUCUGACUGAACAUCUUAUAGUGCCCAUCAGUGAUAGCUAAUGGUCUGACUGAACAUUUAUAGUGGUCGCCAGCAAUGACCUAUAUUCUGUCUGGACGCGUGAUGGUGGCCACUAUUGGGCUGACUGGACAUCUUAUUUGCAGAUCUAUCAAUGUCUUUUUUCCUCUCAAACAUGUCUUGAAAUCAAACUAAAUCCCUUACGAACAUGUUGUACAAGUUUAUUUCAUCUUUAUCAGUAACAAUGACUGUAAAAUUAAAAUUAAUGAAACUGC